AUGUGUCUGUUUAAGAAUGAUUAUGUCUACGACCAUACCAUGUUGAAAGCACGACAUCUCGUCCGAUCUGUCAAGUUAAGCAACGUUGGGCCUGCGCCCUUGCAUGUUCGAUCAUUUGGAAAUUUGAUGUGUCUGUUCAAGAAUGAUUAUGUCUACGACCAUACCAUGUUGAAAGCACGACAUCUCGUCCGAUCUGUCAAGUUAAGCAACGUCGGGCCUGAUAAAGUUAAGGUGGCCGAAUAUUUCGGUCCAGAAUUUUUGCUAUGUCCGUGUUAUUUCUGGAAUGUUUGCCUUCAAAUGGGAGAGAUGGGAAGGGAAUGUUCUGUGAGAUGGCGAAGUGAGUGGGGAAUUUGA